UUUGAUCAGCUUGGUGAGCAAAGAUCCAGACAGAUCCAGUCAGUCCGCUUAAAAAAAGAAGGAAAAUACGAAAAAUGUCGUUGUGCUGUAAAAACAGCCGAGUAAUUAUUUGAGUCGUGUCUUAAUUAAAAUUUGAAACUAAAUUAUAAAAUGCAUUAAUUAUUCGAUCCAUCUGAAAAUUUAAUGUGAGCUGUUCUUGACUUUGCCCGGUUUUAUUUAUUCCAUCCAGCUCCGUGUUCGAUUUGAUUAAAACAUGUGAUUUAUGUGGUAGGAGGACAUUAUACUUCGUGUAAUAUUUAAUAGUGUAGUAGGGUGGUGACUGACUGGUGUGGGUGAAGGUGAAGGACGAGUGAAGAUAUAUAACGCAAAUUUACUUCGUAAUUUGCUAAUGCAUGAUUUAUAGCAGUGGACAGAAGUGGACAUUAUCAUGUCAGGUAAAGGAUCCAAAAGUAAGGCUGCGGCAAAAGUUCCGCUGUCUGACCGUCCCGGACCGCUGAAACGCGAAGAUGUUCUUUGUUCUAUCUGUUGGAGUAUUUUCAUCGAGCCAGUGACCCUUCCUUGUGGUCAUGCACUGUGUUGUACUUGCUUUAAAAAACAUGUAGCCGAGACGUCCCUUCAGUGUCCGUGUUGUCGGAUGCGGAUUUCGGUUUGGAGUAGGCGUGCUUUUAAGCAGAAUAAUCUGGUGGAUAAAAAAUUAUGGGAACGAAUUCAGCGUGAGUUUCCCAAAUUGGUUCAAACCCGUUUGUUGGGUGAGGACUCACAAAACUUACAGGGUGACGAUUUAGUAUCCAUUUUUGAUAAGAAUAUACCUCUAUCAACGGGAGGAGGACAUAUUAAUCAGAGUCCGUCUCCUCUUGCUAUCUAUGAAAAUAAUGUUGAUGACAAUGAGAACGACAAGUUUCCUGUUGAGGCAAUAUUAAAACGGGAUGGAGAAAUUAGUUUGGGAAACGGCGAGCUUAAACGAGAGCUGGAAGAAAUGAAUAAAAAACAUAUGGAAGACAUAGAAAAUGAGAGACGAAUGGAAGAGAACGAGAGUCAACAACUGAUAAGACAAUUGCAGACUGAAGCAACUAACCGAGCUAAUGAGGAGGAAGAAGAAGAUCGCCGUCUUGCAGAACAACUUGCAGAACAAGAAAAGAAAGAAUUGGGUGCUGCAAUUAAUGCGAGACGAAAGCUGUUUACAGAGUCAACCCCACUAACAGCAGGGUCAUCAUCAUUCAGUGGAAAUCUGCCUAAAACGCCAAAUAACAGUAAGAAAUCAUAUAGCGAGGCUACCACGCCACGUAGACACACUGGAGGGAAGAGGACAUCCUUUUCACUCUCAGGAUCAGCGGAACGGCCCAAUAAUAAAAAACAAAAGAGUGGACGACUGACUUUAUCACAGCCUUCUCCGGCCAGUGGUGGUAGUGGCCAAAACUCUCAGAAUUCAAUUUUGAAAUAUAUUUCUUCUUCAUCGCAACAGCAACAACAAUCCAACACUUCUCCAUGUUCACAAUCUAGUUCAUCUUCGGUUUUAAUUUUAAGCUCUCCUAAACCAUCGACAUCAACUGCCGCCAAGUUGCAAUAUAAGUUAGCACAACAAGAUACACCCGGGUCAUCCUUUGUAUCAGCGUCGUCCGCUUUCUCAUCUAUAAAACCAGUUAACAAAGGGCUGGCUGCGCAAGUCGUACCUUCAAAGUCGCUAAUUUAUCAGCAGUCAAUUCUGAAGCCUAUGAAUCGAACAGAGAAAGGAGAAAUAUUGAUGCAAAGUAAUGAAUUUGACGAAACUGGAGGAGCGUCAAAAGAUAGCGAGCGCGAUAUUCCAACUCCAAAUUCAAUUGAUCUGGAAGUCAAUUAUCAUUUUCGUCCAAUUAGAUCGGCCCCAAAAACGCCACCACAGAAAUUACCUGAUGGUUCUUUCCUACCCGAACCGUUAAUGGUGAAGACCACGCCUGUAAAACUUGUUCCCUGUGUGAUCAUAGAUAUUUCUGGAAACGAUGAUGACGAAAAUUCGCAACGUAUGGAUAAUGAUUACGAUUUAGAACCAGAACGAGAGUCAGAGUUCAAUAUUUCAUGCAUUCCACUGGAAAGUCUUCAAGAUCCGUCUGAAAACACGCAGGGUUCACCAAACUCUCAAUUGAACGUUACAAAUUCACCAUUCUAUGUUGAGCAUCAUGACGCUCAGCCAACUAUUAAUUUUGACGACAAUGCACCAUUGGAUACUCUUCAAGUAGAUGAAACAGAUUCUGCACAAGCAGGUAAUUCAAACCCACCAACAAAACUAACAAGUACCACUGAUCAAAAUUCACAAGUCAUGGACGACGAUCUUUCUUGGCUUCUCGAUGAAGAUUUGCCAGACAGUCAAGAUUCCCAAGUCUCGGCCAAUAUCGACCUAGGCAUGGUCAAAAAACAAGCAGAAGAACUGAAGCGCAUUCGAGAAAGACAACUCCAGGAAGAAAUGGAUUUAAGACUUGCACGGAAACUGCAGAAAGAAUUGAAUCAACUUCCUUCUCGACGAACUGAAGAAGAGAAUCCAUUCAGUCUUCGCAACUGGCUUAACAACAAGCGUCAAUCUACUACUACCAGUUCCAAUUGUACGAUUGGAUGUAGCGAACCGUCGACAUCCUCUCAUGCUAAUAAUCAACGGGGUGAGGCUCAACAACCCACCCGACGGUCUACACGACGGUCACACGCUACAAUUCCCCAGGACACUUUUCUUUGUUCAACUCUUGGUGUUAAAGACGAAACGACUGAGUGAUUUAUUCCUUUCUCAUGGAAAAAAAACAUAUUUACAGAUUUUUCUCUUAUUUAUUUUACCUUAUGAUCAACAAUGUAAUCGUACCAUUACUUAAAUAUCUAUUCGUGUAUUCGCAAAUAUAUAUUAUAUCAUCGGUUAAUAAUAACCUUAUACAUUAUCGUCGUAUUUCUUCUCAAUGUAGUGUAUAAUACUACGUGUCAUGUUAUACAUUGUUUCUUAACUUUUGUUAUUAUAUCUUACUUACAAAAGUACACACGUACAUAAUUUAAAAUAUACAUACUUUUAAUAAUAAUUGAUGAUUGAGUGAUUUCUACAUAUGAGUCAAAUAUUCAUUCUUAUAAUUCAAUAUUAUGUAACAACAACUGAACUAUUAAGUUUAGGUGUGGGAUCAAUAGUGUGUAACUGACAGACAGACAUUUUCUGUAUCAAAAUUUUUUAACAAUGUGUGAUGAUGGUGUUGAUGGUUGAUUGAUUGAAAAUUUCCCAAACCUGAACAGUGAUUUAAAUAGUAUCGUUAUUACGUGCAUACAUACAUAUACAAAAUAUUGUCUAAACUAUUAAUGUAACCUUGAAAUAUAAUGACAUGAAAACGGA